AUGGGUGCUAGUGCGAGCACCCAAGCACCGUCUGCCGGAGGUGCAGGAGAGUGUCCUGUCGACCACAAGACUCGCGAAAUCUGGUUGCAACAACACAAGGGCACUGGCGGCGGCGCUCCUCACCCAAUUCCCACGGCAUCCGACGACACGAAAACGAAUAACGAGGUCGGUGCUAUACAUCAACGACCACUGUCCCAAGAUCGCGAAAUCAGCAGCAUACCGCGAGCAUUCGAGCCCGCUGCAGCUGAUGGGUCUAAGAACACACAAACACCAUACGCUCCCUCAGUCGGCUCGCAUCUGUCCCCUUCGAACUCGGAAGCAGAAACCGGACACGAUGAAAAAACGGGAAACUGGAUCUAUCCUUCGGAACGUCAGUUCUUCGAUGCGCUAGUACGCAAGAGCAAUGUGCCGGGCUCGACAGCAUCAGCAAAGGAAUUGGCUACAUCGGUGGCAUCAGUCAUUCCUAUCCACAAUGCAGUGAAUGAAAAGGCAUGGGCAGAUAUCCUGACUUGGGAGAGCCGAGCGCCGUCGUCAGAUCCCGGCAGUAAAACAUGCGGUGGUCCCCGGCUCUACUCGUUCCGCGGCCUGGGAACAGAGAGUCAAUUUGUGAGUCCGCGGGCGCGACUCAACGGACUUAUGGGCUAUCAAUUGCCAUUUGAUCGCCACGAUUGGGUCGUGGAGCGUUGCGGCGGCCAGCGAGUCGAGUACGUGAUUGACUUCUACCAAGGCAAGCAGACGGGGUCUUCGGCAGGCAAAGGGCUCACGGGAGCCCCGGGCCCUGGGAAGUUGAGCUUUUACUUGGAUGUGCGACCGAAGCUGAACACCUACGAGGGAUGGCGCAUGCGGUUCUGGCGGUUCUGGGGGCAAUAG